CUCGCCUGUGGCUAUCUCAUCAUGUGAUGCUCACCAAGCAACAAUGUGAGCUGCGAUACGAACGCGUGGGCUUGUGUCAGAAACGCGUAUUUCGACCUUGAUCCCUCGAUUGCGUGAUCGGUGGGGUUGGAAAGCACAGAAGCUAGAAAAUAUUGUCAUAGGAGGCGAGUAUUGCCUCAUUUCUUUCUGACCCAACUCACUCACUUCUUUCACCCUCACCCGCACUACUCCUACCUCCUCACAUAUCACUGCUACAGCUUGUUGAUCACAUCCUCGCGCACCACUCCCUCGACUACAUACACCACUCACAAUGGCUUCCAGCACAGCACCUCUUCGCCUCGGCAGCAUCGCUCCCAACUUCCAGGCCGAGACCACCACCGGUCCCAUCGACUUCCAUGAGUUCAUCGGCGACAACUGGGUCGUCCUUUUCUCACACCCAGAAGACUACACUCCCGUCUGCACCACUGAGCUGGGAGCAUUCGCCAAGCUCGAGCCGGAAUUCACCAAGCGUGGUGUGAAGCUCAUUGGUCUUUCAGCAAACACGAUUGAGAGCCAUGGCGGUUGGAUCAAGGACAUCAACGAGAUCUCAGGCAGCAACUUGAGAUUCCCUAUCAUUGGGGACAAGCAGAGACAGGUGGCAUUGGCAUACGACAUGAUCGACCACCAGGACGCUACCAAUGUGGAUGAGAAGGGCAUCGCCUUCACCAUCCGCAGCGUGUUCAUCAUCGACCCAAAGAAGACCAUUCGCCUGAUCCUUUCAUACCCAGCUUCCACUGGACGAAACACCGCCGAGGUGCUUCGCGUUGUUGACUCGCUACAGACUGGUGAUAAGCACCGCAUCACCACUCCAAUCAACUGGGUGCCAGGUGACGAUGUGAUCGUCCACCCAAGCAUCAAGUCUCCCGAGGCUGAGAAGCUUUUCCCAAAGAUCAACGUCGUGAAGCCAUACCUACGCUUCACUCCACUGCCAAAGGAAGAGACCUCCGCUGCUGCCUGAACCGCCCAAAUGCUCUUCAGAAGUGUGUGGGAAGAUGAAUGGGGACGCCCAGUGACCGAUACAGGCUACUGAACAGCCGCGACUCCCAGAGACGAUAAAAAUAACCAAACAUUGAUGGAGAGCAAGAUGAGACGAGAAUUAUGGAUUGUUUGAAUUAUGAGCGGGGGUAUAGAACUCGAUUGAUACCCCGCCAUGCCAUCAUGCGAGGAUAGGCAAAAUAAGGAACGAUUACGCCGAAUUAAAUGAUAAAAGUCCAAACCUGCUUUCGCAAUUACGUGUAGUGAGGGUCCGAACGAUGGUGGCAUACCUAUUCCCGAUAUCCCUUUGCGAACUUGCAGUGGGACGCUAACGCCAUCCCUUGCACUGAGCACAGCCUAGAACUUCAACACAGGGAUACCAUCACCGUGCCGACAUGCGGGACUUCUGGGGAGAGGCAAGAUACACUGUCUGAUGUUUACAUGUACCUACAGUCAUAAUCACAAUAAUGAGAGAGCCGUGAUUCAAA